AUGGUGAAUUCAUCUCCAAACGUAGCGUCAAACUCAAACAUAACAAGGGAAGUUAGCCACCAUCUCUCUUCUACGCCAAGAAUCGUGAGUGACGAGGUGAGGGAUUUCAUCGAGUUAUCCCUCUUCCAUGUGGCGACAACGUCUUUGGGUUUCCUGGGUGUGUUGACCAACUCUCUGUGCGUGGCCGUCUACAGCAAGCAGGGCCGAAAGGACAGUGUAACUGUGUCCCUCCUCGCUCUGUCCCUCAGCGACUUGGGUCUUUCUCUUAUGACUUUCUUAAGUGUGGUCAGCUUCAUGGUAGAACGAUUCGCGCCACUACCCAAAAUGAACUUCAUUGCUUUUCAAUACGUUGUCCUGGCCUACACCGCUGGCUGUUUUUACGGCAUUUCCACAAUUCUCACCAUGUAUUUGUCCCUGGAGAGAUGUAUUUGCGUGGCCAUCCCGUUUCACGUGAAAGGAAUGUUUACAAGGAAUAGGUCUAUAGUUGUGACAAUGUUCAUCACUAUUUUCUGCCUUUCGUGUUAUGCUCCAGCAUGGGCGACUCAAUCGUUAAAAGGGAAACAUUCCCCCAUCUACAACACCUCUCGUCUUACGCUCUCCUUAACGUCUAACAGAAGAAACAUUGAUAUUUUCGUUGACUCUUUCAUAGGCAUAGUUUUGCCUUCCGUUGCUCAAGUCGUGAUAACCAUCUGCACCGUUGUCAUGAUUUCAGUUCUAAACGCAUCAGCGAGUUUUAAAAAGAAAAUGGCUAACAAAACUGGAGGCGGAAACAAGAACGACAAAGACCUAAAACAGAAAAAAUCAAAGCCAGCAAAUCUCUCAGAUAGUCAGUGGCAGACAGCUAAAGACGUCAUGACGGAGAAAAGCUCAGAAGAUGUUCAACAGCCCACUGACAAGACUCUGUCCUCUAAGGAGGCUCGAGUUGUGAAGAUGGUUGUCUUAGUAGCGCUUAUUUUCUUUGUAUGUAACGCUCCUGUUCUCGUUACUUCUUACACUCGAGCUUUCGUCACUGAGAUGGACAUAGGGAAGGCGUACAACAACCUGUAUGUAACUGUGUAUGUUGGCGUCUACUUUUCCAACUCCUUCAACGCCUGGGUUAACAUUCUCGUAUAUUACAGGUGCAGCUCCAAGUUCAAAGAGACUCUCCUGACUAUGGUAAGGGCUAGACAUAGACUAUAA